AUGACUGAAAGUAAUGGUGUUGCUUUUGUCUGUCUUUCAGAACAGAAACACGAAGACGCAUUGGUUUUUCUCUACCUGUGGAUCGCCUGCUUGUUGAUCAGCUCCUGUUACACUCUCACCUGGGAUCUGAAGAUGGACUGGGGUCUCUUUGACAAAAAUGCUGGAGAGAAUACUUUCCUGCGUGAGGAGAUAGUUUACCCUCAGAAAAGUUAUUACUACUGUGCCAUUGUAGAGGAUGUCAUUUUGAGAUUUGCUUGGACUGUGCAGAUUUCUGUUACCUCAAUGAGUACAUUCGCUUCAGCAGGAGAUAUAAUUUCUACAGUGCUGGCCCCACUGGAAGUCUUCCGGCGGUUUGUGUGGAAUUUCUUCCGUUUGGAGAACGAACAUCUGAACAACUGCGGUGAAUUCCGUGCUGUACGUGAUAUCUCAGUGGCUCCCCUCAAUGCUGACGACCAGACUGUCCUGGAACAGAUGAUGGACCUCGAGGAUGGAGUGCGGAACCGCCAGAAAAACAGAGUUUGGAAACGCACUUAUAGCAUAUCUCUGCGCAAAACACUAGUGAGGCCUCGUGACGCAGCCGUGUUAAUCGAAGACACAGAUGAUGAAGCGUACACAUGAAAGUCAGCACCGAACAGUCAUUGUCCUUCACACGUUCCAGUUCUACCAGGCACUGAACACAAUCUGCCACUCUGCGUGGCAACAGACUCAAUUCCAUUUAUCCCCUUUGAUUUAAUAUAUUAAUUUAAACUGAUAUUAAAAAAAGCGGUGUCAAGAACAAUUUUACAAACAACAACAAAACAUAUCCACAAGGAUCAAAUCAAACAGAACAGACUCUGUGCUGGAAAAUACCGAUUUUUUUUUUUUUUUUUUUGUUUUUUUUUGUUCUGUCUUGUAUUUUUUUUCUUCUCUCUCAGGCUCAGUAUAGCUAGGGCUGGUUUAAGCUGGUUUAUUCACAUCAUUCUGACCAGCUCAUGGCCUUGGUUGCACUUGCAGGGAAAGUGCACUUAAUUGUACUUCCUACGUGAAGUUAUUGUGUUUAAAAAAAAAAAAAGAUUCAUUUUGAUAUGUAUUCGUUCUGUUCCGAUUGGAAAUGUUCAUAUUAUUUAUGAAAGAAACUUGUGUCCUGUAUGUUAAUGCAGAAGUUAGUGUCAAUGUUUGUUGAACUUUUAUUUUGUGUUUCAGUCAGCGGUUAGCUUUCUCUUGCAAGAAAGCAAACCAUCCUUAUUAAGAGCACUUCAAAGCUUUCUAGGUGGUAGUUCCUGCAGAGCUGUCAAACACAGAAGUCCUGCAUCCAACACAGACCACCAGGCUACAUUCCACUGGCAAAGGUUACCCAUGACAGGCUGGUUUCUUUACAAAACUAUACAGGUGCCACAAAAUGUUUGUAGUUCUUAUAACUCAGAUCUACAGCCAGUAGCAUCAAAGACUGGUGCAAAGAAAUGAUCUAUUGUCUAUCAAAGAAACUUUGCUGUUUACAUAUCCCAGAAACUGGAUGGGAAGUUUCAUAGAAAAUUCAACAAGUGUAAUCCGUUCAUUUUUUUUCUUGACUAAAGUUUGAAUGUCAAGUGAUGGAUUUCCUCGCGCAUCUAUUUAAUCUGUCAUCAGUGAGAUUUCCAUUUUGCUUUUCAUUUCUUUGUACCAUUCCUGCAAACUGCCACCAUCUUCUAUGUGCCCAGCCUACCAUGGUGUCUGGCAUGUUGAUUGGUGCAACGGGGAUUUUUCUUGGAACUGUUGGUGCCAAUGUUCUAGAAGCUGCCGUUCCUCUCUGUUCCCUAGAAUAGUGCAUGCUAACAUUUCUCCAGUUACUUAGGCUCAUGACGGUUUGAGUGAUACUUUGCCCCCAUGGGCAGAUGUUUCAGUGGAGCCACCUUAAGGUCCAGUUCAAUCAGCCAAUACCAAAGUCAGUGGAGAGAUUUCAAUGCAGUAGGUUGUUUUGAAGAAACAUUGUUCAGCUACCUGGGCCAAUGGCCGGCUGCAAGCUACAGGAUCUUGACUUUGUUGAUGUGGCAAGUCAGUGUGAAAUAGUGUAGUAAUGAAUUUGGGAAUUGCUCAUUGAUUACUCAUGUCAUAUUCUAAAAGUACCUUCUAAUAAGGAUUCUCUUCUGGCAUAGCUUUAAGAGGGCUCCAUUGUAACAAAGAACUCAUGAUCCUAGACAUGCACAAAGGAGGGCAGGGUAAGAACUGGCCCAGGCAUGGACAUUAAGUCCCCCUCUGUCUCUUGGCUGAGCCUGAUAAACAGUGGUUUACAAUUUGUUGCAGAUGCCAAAUAGUGGGGGAAGACUUUGAUGCCAAGGAGCUGUGAGUUUAGCUCAUGUGGAUGCAGGACUGCCUUCCAUAACAGAGUGUAGCCUAGUACAAUCACUUGGAAUUGGAAGUUAAAGCAAAUGCAUGAGCAUUGGAUAUGAUCAAAGUUUUUGAUGAAUGACUCAUUCAUAGAUAAAAUAAUGGCAAAAAAUCUUUCACUGGUACAAAUUCACGAUAUUCACCCUUCCUUCAUUUGCAGCAGUCACAUGUUUUAUACAGAAUUUCACAUUCCUGUUGCCUUCUGUUAAUAAAAUGUACAGAAAAUG